AUGUUAGUUUUUUACUUCUUUGAAAUUUUUUCUAAUUUUUUAAAAAUUAUUUUUUGGAGGGUGGGAAGAUUUUUUUUAAUAAUUUUGGGAGAUUUUUUGGACUGUUAUAAAGCAAGAAAUAGCAGUUGGGUCGAACGCUAUCAAUUUACAAUGGCUGUUAUUUUGGAAGCAAUUAUUUCACUUGUAGCCUCUUCCAUUAGAUAUGCCCUAAAUGAGGUUGGUUCAAGAGAUGCACUCUUUCUUGUUGCUGUACUCCAACUUCAUUUAACAAUUUCUUUAAAUAUUGUAGCCAUUAUUGCUCCGAAAUUUUUGUUUUCAACAGAAAACACGGCUAGAGGGACUCUAAAUAGUGGAAAUGCUACAGCAAUAAUUGGAAGUAAUAGAGCACAUCCUUCCCUAGCCAAAAUGCGUGAAAAUUUGAUUAAUGGAACUAUUGACUUUCAAGAAGUGCCGAUUGUUGAUAUGAAUCCUGAAGAUAUUCGAGCCGAAUUAAAACGUGUUUACACCCAAUUAAGAAUGUACAAAUUAAAAAAUGCUUAUCAAGACAAUCCCCAUAUAUCAAAAAGGAAAGGAGGGGCCGGAAUAAAAAAAGUAGUUCAUCAUCAACAAUCAACAACAGAAUGUAAUAAUAACAAUAUUGGGGGAGGAAAAACUUCUAGAGCGGCAUCAGCCUCAGCAGCAAUUGACAGAAGAAUAUCUAUACCUCCCCAAAUAAUUAAUUCUUCUUCAAAUAAUUCCCCAAAUAAAUUUCAACAGCAACAACAAAAAUUAAUUGAGGAAGAAAAAAAUAAUGAUUUGACAGUAGAAUCAGCUCCUCACAAUAUCCAUUUGUUAACAACUUCGAGUAAUUCUUCAAUUAAAUUAAAUUCUCCAACAGAUAUUCCUUUAAUUUCUUCUUCUGAUCAGUCUAUAAGGGUUUAA